AUGCCUGUAGAUAAAAUUAAAGUUGUAACCCCAGUCGUUGACUUGGACGGUGAUGAAAUGACCAGAAUUAUCUGGAACUUCAUCAAGGACAAGCUCAUCUUCCCCUAUCUUGACAUUGAUCUCAAGUACUACGACUUGGGAAUUGAGUACAGAGACGAGACCGAUGAUAAGGUCACGGUGGAUUCGGCCGAGGCCAUUUUGAAGUAUGGGGUCGGAAUCAAGUGUGCCACAAUUACCCCAGACGAACAAAGAGUCAAGGAAUUUGGAUUGAAGAAGAUGUGGCUCUCUCCAAACGGUACCUUAAGGAACAUCUUAGGUGGUACUGUGUUCAGAGAACCCAUUGUCAUCGACAACAUCCCAAGAAUCGUGCCAACCUGGGAAAAGCCAAUCAUUAUAGGCAGACACGCAUUUGGAGAUCAGUACAAGGCUACCGACAUAAUUGUACCAAAGGCCGGUAAGUUGCAGCUUGUUUUCAAGCCAGAAGAUGGAUCUGAGGAGUCCGUAUACAAUGUGUAUGACUUUGAUGCCCCAGGUGUUGCCUUAGCCAUGUACAACACCGACAAGUCCAUCACGGACUUUGCCGAAUCCAGUUUCAAGUUGGCUCUCGAUAGAAAGUUAAACUUGUUCCUGUCCACCAAGAACACCAUUUUAAAGAAAUACGACGGUAGAUUCAAGGAUAUCUUUGAAGGUUUGUACGAAACUAAGUACAAGAAGGAUUUUGAUGCAGCUGGUAUUUGGUACGAGCACAGGCUCAUUGACGAUAUGGUUGCGCAGAUGUUAAAGUCUAAGGGUGGGUACAUCAUUGCCAUGAAGAACUACGACGGUGAUGUCCAAUCAGAUAUCGUUGCUCAAGGGUUCGGAUCUUUGGGUUUGAUGACCUCAGUGUUGACAACUCCAGAUGGAAAGGCCUUUGAAGCCGAAGCUGCUCAUGGUACCGUCACGAGACACUACAGACAACACCAACAGGGUAAGGAAACUUCUACCAAUUCAAUUGCGCUGAUCUACGCCUGGACCAGAGGGUUAAUCCAAAGAGGUAAAUUAGAUAACACACCAGAUGUGGUUGAAUUUGCCGAAAAUUUGGAAAAGGCCGUCAUUGAAACUGUUUCCAAGGAUAAUAUCAUGACCAAGGACUUGGCAUUGGCCCAAGGAAAGGUUGAUAGAAGCAGCUACGUCACUACGGAAGAAUUCAUUGAUGCUGUAGCAAAUAGAUUGAACAAGAACUUAGGUAGAGCUUAA